CAGGACCACCGCCCCCCUGGCUCCCCAUUGGCUGCUGUGCGAAGCCCGGUCUCCGGGUAAGAUGGCAGCGGACGGACAGUGCUCGCUCCCUGCUUCAUGGCGGCCGGUGACCCUCACCCACGUCGAGUAUCCUGCAGGUGACCUCUCUGGCCACGUUCUCGCCUACCUGAGCCUCAGCCCUGUAUUUGUCAUUGUUGGUUUCGUGACCCUCAUUAUAUUCAAACGGGAGCUGCACACGAUCUCGUUCCUGGGGGGCCUGGCGCUGAACGAGGGGGUCAACUGGCUGAUCAAACACGUCAUCCAGGAGCCACGACCCUGUGGAGGCCCCCACCCGGCAGUGAGCACCAAGUACGGGAUGCCCUCCAGCCACUCCCAGUUUAUGUGGUUCUUCUCCGUCUACUCCUUCCUUUUUCUGUAUUUAAGAAUGCACCAAACGAACAACGCCAGGUUCCUGGACUUGCUGUGGAGGCACGUGCUCUCGCUGGGUCUCCUCACUGUGGCCUUUCUAGUCUCCUAUAGCAGGGUCUAUCUGCUGUACCACACCUGGAGCCAAGUGCUCUAUGGGGGCAUCGCUGGAGGCCUGAUGGCCAUCGCCUGGUUCAUCUUCACCCAGGAGGUCCUCACCCCGCUAUUCCCUAGGAUAGCAGCCUGGCCUAUCUCUGAGUUCUUCCUAAUCCGAGACACGAGCCUUAUUCCCAACGUCCUCUGGUUUGAAUACACAGUAACCCGGGCAGAAGCCAGGAACAGACAACGCAAGCUGGGGACGAAGCUGCAGUGACGGGUGAGCGUGGCUGGCUCCAGCCUCCAGAUCUGGCCUGCACGAUUCCUUGCAGGAUGGAUGGGAUGACAGUAAGAGGGACGAAGCAGAGACCUCUACAGACCCAAGUCACUGAGUGGAGCCUUUUUUUUGCUUAUUUUAAUUUUGAUGAACAGAGUGGACCAAAGGGCUGAGCCAGCCCCUCAGCCAGGACCCUGGAGGGCCUGCUGCUGGGGGGGGUGGCCUCAUGGCCAGAGACCCUCACAGUGCUGCUGCCAGCCCCCAGUCGGGCAGAGCGUGCCCUUGGCAUGGGCACCAGGGUGUGGGGUAGAGGAGGAGGGCUCGCACCUCUGGUCACAGGGCCAGGAAAUCCAGGUGGCGUGAAAAGUGCACACUAUUUAUUUUUGGGUUUUGUCAAAGGCAGAUGGAAUUUUGGAGAGGAGGCUAGAAGAGCCUGCUGUGCGGGGGCCUCCCUGUGUACUGAGCGGCCCAGGUCAGCUCCCCAGGCCCUUUGCCCUGGGCCCGAGAGGUGGCCUGCCUGGGGGCCCCAGGGGAGGGAGCAUCCCCACGUCCUUCCUGCCGCCAAUGCCAUUCCAGAACCUCGGUCAGUGUUUCCUGCGUGGGGCUGGGCCCAGAGAGAGCGCGCGUCUGGCGCUGCUGUCCUUGUGUCCUGCCCGCAUUGACCCUGCACCACAAGGGCUUUCUCUGGUCCCCUGUCCCCAAGACAGUGGUCCCUCUCUGACAAAAAGAGCCUGCACAUGUGGGUGAGCAAACCCAAGCUGUUUACAGCUCUUUCCUGUCCUGCCGUCCGGUAGUGGUUCGUCUUCAUCUCCACCCAGACAAACUGCAGAGGGAGUGGGAACUGGUGGGGGGAGUGAGGCAGUGGUGUACUGUCUCGUCCCCCAGCCCCCCCCCCCCCCCGCCCUCUCUGUGUUCUGAGCAUUCCUCGUCCUUCCCACCCCCUCCGAGAGGCUGGGAACCUGCUUGGGUCACCCUGGCCUGUGUCCGGGGUGUGGCUAGCAGAUCCCCAGGGCCCAGCUCAGAGGCCAGCUCCUCCCAAUCUUGAAGUCUCUUUGAAAUGGAGUUGUGGAGAGGAGAUGCUUCCAGACUUGGAAGCUUCUAGAGUGGAACCAGACUGCUCGGGACCUGCGUUCCGAUCCCCCCCCCCCCCCCCCUUUUCUUUAUGGAGGUUAUUAACCUGCUGCUGAAGCACAAUAUUUUGGUGCUUUCUUUUCUCAUUUGUUCAAGACAGUGUCCAAAGCCAUUCCAGACGCCAGGACCAGGGGCCUAAUUUUGGGGAAGGUUGGUUGGUCCCCACAUUUUCCUUUCCUUCCCUUCUUAUUUUUAUUUUUUACUUUUUUUGCCUGAGACAAGCCAAGUGUGAGGUGGUUUGACUUAAGAAAAAUCAAUGAAAUUGUUUACUAUUGUUUUAAAAUAAAAUCUUGAACUCUC